AUGUUGUCGGCCUUCACGGCCCACCCUCUCGUCCAGCUCAAGCAGCGCGACAAAUCGAAGAUCGAGUCAUUCUUAGCAUACGGUGACCGGCUACUUGUCGGGCUAAAUACGGGAACCCUCCGAAUAUAUCGCAUCAAUGAGUUGAAUCGUGAGCAUAGCGGCGGUGAGGAAUCUCGGUUAGGUGGGGUGGGGGAGCAAGAAAAUGGGAACGGAAGAAGGGAUAUGGAUGUGAAUAGAGCCGCUGUGGAGAAUGUGGAUCUACCGAACGUGAAACCCACAGACCUACUUCGCGAGCAGGAAAAGUUUUCGCGAUAUAAAAUAGAGCAAUUGGCCAUCAUCAAAGAGGCGGGCAUUCUGAUUUCGUUAUCGAACGCAUAUGUUUCUAUCCACGACCUCCAAACCUAUGAGCUGCAGCAACAGUUAGCGAAAACAAAAGGGGCAUCUGCGUUUGCAGUUACAUCGAAUAUCGUAAAGGACCCCAGUACCUCUGUACCAUCGAUUGUGUCUCGACUCGCUGUGGCUGUUAAGAGAAAACUGAUGCUGUGGAUGUGGCUAGAUAUGGAACUGGAAGAUGAUACAAAGGAGAUCACACUAGCAAGUGGGAUUAAGACUUUAACUUGGGUCACGGGUACCAAACUCGUUGUGGGCCUGAAUUCAAGCUAUGAAAUGGUCGAUGUGGAAUCUUCCAAGGUAACGGAUAUCGUGGGCCCAGGAAGUAUCGGCGGGCCUGGCGGACAGGACACAGGCCGACUUGGAGGUGUGGGUGUUGCAAGUAUGAGCUACAUUGGCAUGGGAGGUACUGCGCCGAAACCUCUAGCAACACGAUUGGUGGAUGGGGAAAUACUGUUAGCUAAGGAUGUCAAUACUCAUUUCGUCGAUACCGAUGGCGAGUCCUUGGGAAGGCGGCAAAUCCCUUGGACCACAAGCCCGGAGGCCGUGGGUUACUCAUAUCCAUACAUCUUAGCAUUGCAAGAGCCUUCAAAGGGAACAUUGGAAGUCCGCAAUCCAGAAACCUUGUCUUUGCUUCAAUCCAUUUCACUCCCUUCAGCAAGUAUGCUUCACAUACCCCAACCCACAAUAAGCCUAGCCCAUGCAGGAAAAGGCUUUCUGGUUGGUAGCGAGCGCAUCAUCUGGCGAAUGGCUACGUUGGACUACGACUCGCAAAUCGAUUCACUUAUCGAACAAGCGCAUUUGGAUGAAGCCAUAAGCCUAAUCAGUAUGCUGGAAGACGCGCUGCUUAAAGAUAAAGCGGGCAGGCUUCGAGAAGCCAAGCUACAGAAGGCGCAAAUUCUAUUUGACAAGCGGAAGUAUCGUGAUUCGUUAGAUUUAUUUACAGACGCAUGUGCUUCUCCCGAGAUGGUCAUUCGCAAGUAUCCAAAAGUCAUUGCUGGGCCACUCUCUACCUUCGAUGAGGAGAAAGUUGAAGAGGAAGCGUCGGACGCCGAUGACCAAACCUCCUAUAAAACGAAUGGCACUGCGUCUAACAGUAUAGAGGCUGUAGCAGAGAGUGUAGCAAGGGCAAAGGCUCCUGCAGGAUAUGCAUCCUCUGUGAGAUCUCUUUUGAGGGGGAAGUCCGAAGAUGUUAGCGAGACAAGCAGUGUCCGUGGAAAGCCCACUGAUGUGAAACCCGUGGACAAUCCCUUGGAAGGGAAAGAUUUAAAAACCGCUGCACACGCGCUCCAGGGAUUUCUCGCAGACAUUCGGCGGAGAUUGCAGCGAUUUCUUAAUCCGGAUGGAACCGUCACCGACCUAGCUUUACAAGUUGCCAAUGAAACCGAUGACUUCAGCCAAUCGGUCAGGAACGUAGUAGGUCUGUCUCCGGACGAUAGCUCAGACGAUAUUGCACGGAAACUUCGCGAGACAGCUACACUGGUUGAUACAACCCUCUUCCGCGCCCACAUGUUUGCAACACCGUCCCUAGCCGGAUCCCUUUUCCGCAUCGCCAAUUUCUGUGACCCGGGCGUUGUAAUGGAAAAACUCGAGGAAACCGGGCGUUACAACGAUCUUAUCGACUUCCUCUUUGGUAAAAAGAUGCACCGCCCUGCCCUUGAACUGCUACAGAAAUUUGGCCAGGCCGAGACGGACGAAACAGAAAAAACAGUCUUCGCCUCGCAACUGCGCGGUCCAGAACGCACUGUCGCAUAUCUGCAAAAUCUCCCGCCAGAAAUGAUCGAUUUAAUCUUGGAAUUUGCCGAAUGGCCCGUGAGGGCGCGGCCGGAACUGGGAAUGGAGAUUUUCCUGGCAGAUACAGAGAAUGCGGAAACACUACAGCGUGAUAAGGUCCUCGAAUUCCUCCAGAGCAUUGACGCCAAACUUGCUAUCCGGUAUCUAGAACAUGUCAUUGGCGAGUUGAACGAAAUGUCGCCUGACUUGCAUCAGCGUCUACUCUCGUUAUAUUUGGAUCGGCUCAAACGGUGGAAAGCGGGCGACGUUAGUGCACAGCAGGAGUUUGAAAGUGAAGAGGAGUGGACGGAUUGUAGACGGAAGUUUUUAGAUAUGUUGAAGGGCAGUGGGCAGUACUCGCCGGCUAAGAUGCUGGACCGACUGCCUAGAGAAGAUCCUGAGUUUUUCGAGGCUCGAGCGAUCAUUUUUAGCAAGAUGGGUCAACAUAGACAAGCACUAGAGAUUUAUGUAUUCAAGCUAGAGAGUCCGGACAAAGCUGAAGACACGGUCAGAUACUGCAACUAUAUCCACCGUAAUGAGGAAACUCGGACCACAGAUACGGCCGCAACGAAACGUGUCUCGCCCACAGACAACGAAGACGGCCAUCCAUCCAUUUAUCACACCCUUCUGUCCCUUUAUCUCUCCCCACCGCACGAUUAUAAACCCCAAUACGGUCCCGCCAUAGAAAUCCUUGCCAGGCACGGUUCUCGUCUCCCCGCCGGUUCCACCCUCGAACUAAUACCGGAAACAUUCCCUGUGCAUGAGCUAGAAUUCUACUUCCGCGGCCGCAUAAGGGCGGCUAAUUCAGUCGCUAAUGAAAGCCGGAUUGUGACUGCGUUACGCAAGGUACAGAAUGUAGCGGUUCAGGCGAAUUUACAGCUUGGGGAGGAAAUCGUGAAGGGGCAUAAUAAGGGUCGGAAUCGCUUCGUGACUAUUAGCGAGGAAAGGGUGAACGCAUACACUGCAAAUAGAACAACCUCCCCCCAGGGGCCCCACUAUACUAUCACAUAA